AUGUACGAGAAUCGGCCUUCGUCACCGCGGUCCUGGAGCAACGACGGCCUACGCCAGACGACUACGGUCAGCGAACCAAGCAAAUCACCCAACGGCCUCGCACAGGCAACAGACGUCGGCCACCGUCCUGAACCAGGUUCCUUGCUGGGCGUAUCAAACGGCCGCCUCGACGCCAGCAGCCACACCGCCAACUCUGCCACACCCGUCGACGCGAAUCCCGAGCAGACGGGCAGACCCCUUGGCACCAGCACAGGCGCCGUCCGACGGGAUCCGGUUGUGCAGCUGCACAGCUACCCGGCACCCCCCUUGCACCACCAGCCGCCACAGCCUCGAGCGGACGCCCUUGCUGCAUCGACCACCGACUCGAGCCGCCAGGGAUCGUCUUUCCAUCCGCUCACCACGUCCACCGACAGCAUCCGGCACGCGGUCCCCCUCACACACCAGAUCGUGUACAACGACGGCUCCUCGACCGGCUCGCGGCACCCUCAGUUGAUGCCCAUCUCGCAGGUGCAGCGUCCGACCAUGAACGUCAUCUACCAGAACCACGCCUAUGGAGGCCCGAGCGCCAACGAGAACGACAUGCCCUACCGCUACGGCGGCGCCGGCAGCAGUGGCGCCGGCAGCGGCAACGUCGACCUGUCCGCCACCACGGGACAGGUCGACGACGACGACGACGACGACAAGGUCCACUUCUGGCCCGUCCCGCGGCUGGUGCAGGGCCUAACUGAGGCGAGCUACCCGACCAUCAACGUUUCCGAUGCGCGGAUCUCGGGCCUGCCCGACUUCUUCUCCUCAACCCCGGCCGGCAUGGCCGGGCAGGCCCAUGCGGCAUCCGACCCUUACGCCGGGCAGGUGCCCGGUGCCGUUGCGGGUUCGUCGAGCUACACCUACCACACACCGUCGCCCUCGAUGCAGGAUCCCGGCGUCUUUGGCGCUGGCCAAGCGUCCGGCUUUGGUGGCUUGGCGGGUUCGUGGUCCACAUCGUCGACGCCGACCACCGAGUACCCGACGGCGCCGUAUGCGUUGCAGUCGCGCCGGCUGCUGCAGGACAACGACGACUUUGGCAGUCAGCGGUAUGCGCCGCACGAGGCCGCCUACUCGGAGCGCGGCGAUGACGACAGUGGCAGAAGCGCCACCAGCCACGCCGGCGCCGGCGUCGCGAACAACAACAUGGGCGUGCCCGCCGAUGUCACCGGCUUCUUUGACCACACCGACGCCGCCCUGUGGCCGCUGGGCCCUUCGCAGCUGGCGGCCGUUUCGCGGCCUCCGGAUUUCCCGACGCAGUCGAUGUUUGGCAUGGCCAUGCCGCUCAACGCAUCGCCGGACCGGGACCGUUUCCGCAGCGGCAAGCCUGGGCCGCCAUCGCUGCCGCUGCCCAAGCAGUUCAAGUGCUCGGCGUGCGACGCCAUCUUUUCGCGCAACCACGACCUCAAACGGCAUGCGCGGAUCCACCUGGCCGUCAAGCCGUUCCCCUGCAUGUUUUGCGACAAGGCCUUUAGCCGCAAGGACGCGCUCAAACGGCAUGUGCUGGUCAAGGGCUGCGGCGUCGGCAACCGGAAGAACGGAGACAAACGGAAGCGCUCGCAGGCCGCCGCGGGUGCCGCUUCGGACAAGGCGCAGCCUCCGAAUCCGGCGCCCCCGACGGCCUUGGAGGGCAUCGAGGACGCCUCGCCCGACAGCUCGUUUGGCUCGCAGCAGCACUUUGGCGAUGUCGGCGGUGUGGCGAUGGAGGCGACGCCUUCGUUCGAAGAGGGUGGCCCGGGCCGCGUUGCCGCAUGGCGCGAGCCGGGCAGUGGAGCCGGGCCGCCGGGUCCCUUCGACAGCGCGGGCCACCCGGCAUCCUUCGGGGCCGCCGGUGAAGUCAUGCUGGGCGGUGGCUUCAAGACAUCGGCUCCCCAGGGCGUUGACGACGUCCGCCUGGGACGGCCGCCGUUUCCGGGCGAUCCGCACAUGAUGGGCGGGUCCGAGCCGCGCUUCGAUGGCAUUCCCGGCCACGCGGCUCUGAUGCAGUCCAACAGCCUGGCCAAGGCCUACCCGCCCGACAUGGGUGCCUCUGGCGGCGCACCUUCGCGCAGGGCCUACGGCAUGCCGGGCGCAUCUGCGGGCUACGUCGACGAGCUCGCUGCCGGGGCAAGACAAGCAUCCCGGCCACAGCAGUCGAACGGCUUCGCGGCUGGAGCCGACCAUCGAGGUGGCAUGAUGAUGCCGUCGUCUGACCCGCACCCGUCCGACCACGCUUUCGGCGACCCGCUCGCGCAUCAGCCAGGCGAGCUGGCUACCGCAGGUCCAGGCUUCAACGGCCCGGCGUACGCACAGCAACAAGGCGAGGCCCUCGGCUACUACCACCAUCAACCGCCUCCAGGCAACGGCGACGACCACCUCGCGGUCCAGAGCCAUCCCGCACAGCGCGGCCCACAACCGCAUCCCGGGGCGGGCGCGGGCGUCGAGUUCCGGCCGUAUCCGUGA